CCGGCGGGGGGCCUGCGUCCGGCGGGUGGCGGGUCGGGGAGGUGGUUCCUUCCCUCUCUCCCUCCCCCCUCCCUCGCUCACACGCACACACACAAACACGCGCACACACACGCGCGCACACACGCGUACACGCGCGCGCGCACGGAGCAUCCUCCCGUCAGGGCUCUGGUCCAGCCCCGCCCGCGCCUCCCGCUCCCCGCAAACCCUCUCCUCCUCUCUCGCUCCCCCCAUCCCUUACCGCUCCCGGACCCUCGGCGCCCGCACCCGCGCCCGCCCCUCUCCCGGGAUGGAGCGGCUCGAGCCCGCCCGCAGUCCCCCGCGGCCGGGGUGACGGCCCCCCGCCCCUCCCCGCCUGGCCCGCGCCCCGAGCACCAUGGGCCUGAGGGGCUCCCGCGGCGCAGGACUCUGAAGAUGAUUGAUGCUGGAGCUCUCUCGAGUCAUGGCUUCUUCAAAGCUACGAGAACCUGCGGAUGAGGUUUUUGACCUGGACUUGGCUGUGCCAGAGACCGUCAGACUGGACAGCAGUUUACACAAGGCCCGAGCCCAACUACUGGCCAAGGGCCGGAGGCACCGGCCCUCUCGCUCCAGGCUUCGGGACAGCGCCAGCUCUGCAGAGGAUGGUGAAGGCUCUGAUGGGCCAGGAGGCAAGGUGACCGACGGAUGCGGGAGCCCCCUGCACCGGCUGCGCUCGCCUCUGCACUCGGGCCCCGGGUCCCCGGCCGGGGGCUCUUUCUGCCUGGAGCCCCCGGGGUUGCGGCGCAGCCUGGACGAAGACGAGCCCCCGCCCUCGCCGCUCACACGCUACCGGCCCCUGCACAACGCCGCCUCGCACGAGGGCCUGGCCGCCGCCUCCUGCUCGCCGCCCCGCUCCGCGCCCUCCUCCGACAGCUCGCCCAGCUUCGUGCGCCGCCACCCGCGCGCAGAGCCCCACAGCGAAGAUGACAGCCGGGAUGCCAGCCCACCUGAGCCUGCCAGCCCCACCAUCGGUCUGGAUAAGAAGACUCGCCGAAAGUUCCUGGACCUGGGGGUCACCUUACGCCGAGCAUCCACUAGCAAGAGCCGGAAGGACAAGGGCAGCAACCGCUUGUCCAUGGGCAGCAGGGAAUCAGUGGAGGGGUCCAGCAGGUCGGGGGGCUCCCCGUUCCUGCCCUUUUCCUGGUUCACAGACAGCGGCAAGGGCUCGGCAUCCUCUGGCAGCACCACCUCGCCCGCCUGCUCCCCUAAACAUGAGGGCUUCAGCCCUAAGAAGUCAGCUUCUCAGGAAUCCACCCUGAGUGAUGACUCCACGCCCCCUAGCAGCAGCCCCAAGAUCCCCAGUGGUCCCCGGCAGGAGACCAAGUGCUCCUACCCCUACCACACACUGUCCCAGUCUUCGGAUGAGUUCCUGGACGAACCUCUCCCCGCGGUCCACCACUGGACCAGCCAGCAGGUGGGCCAAUGGCUGCACAGCCUCAACCUGGAGCAGUAUGUCGCCGAGUUCGCUGCGCGGCAGGUGGACGGGCCCCAGCUCCUGCAGCUGGAUGGAAGCAAACUGAAGAGCCUGGGGCUCAGCAACUCACAUGACCGGACGCUAGUGAAGCGGAAGGUAAAGGAGCUGGCAGCCGCCGCUGAGAAGGAGCGCAAGGCCCGGGAGAAGGCCGCACGGCAGCGGGAGAAGCUCCGGCGCCGGGAGCAGGAGGCCAAGAAGAGCUAGGGGAGGGCGGGGGGCAGACACUGGCACCCAGGCGCUGGUGGCCGCCGGGCUCGGUGGGCACAGGCCUCAGUGGGGAGGCGGGGCCUGGGCGCCAAGCUUGGGCUGGCCGGGCCCCACACUCUCAGGGGGGUACACGCCCUCUCUCACCCUGUCACUGUCUGGACCCAGAUCCCCCAGAAAGGGAGACCCCAGGAGAGGGCCCAGUAAUAAAUCCAGUUUUAAGGACUUGUUUGGCACAGAGUUCCUAGGGGAGCUGGCAGGUUAUGGGCAGAGGACCAAGAGGCCAGGGCUGACGCAAGUCAGGGAACCCUGAGGCACAUGGGUCAGUCUGAUCAUCUACCCUCGGGCCAUGGCCACGCUGGCCGGCCGU